AUGGAGAUAAUGUACUUGGUGAUUUAUCUCGCAGUAAGUCCAAAUGUUUUUGCUUUUCACUUUGGGAACAUUUUACAGACAUUACCACCAUCAUUGCCAGAACAUUUUAAGAAGCAAAUUCUAGACAUGUACUCGAAAAAUCCUGAAAUGUUUGGCGAUCCAGCGAAUAAAGCUUCCGAUAACGUUAUGAAAAUGCAUAAACAUAAAAAAAGGCCACAAAUCCUUGGACAGUUACAAUCAACCGCUCAACCGGACAUCGUCAAUACACAAAAUGUAAGCGUUGAUACUUUGCUACUAACUCCAAUGCCAAUGAUGCCGAUUCCUAUACCAGUGCCAAUGUACCCUGAUGUUCCAAUAAUAAUGCCAAUGAGGACUUAUUACGAGCGUGUGAAACACUACCACCCUCCGCUCCAUGAAAUCAGGAAAAAGAUAAAAAAAGAUGAAGAAUGGUGGAACAAGCAUGAAACUACAAGGAAGAAGAAAAAGAAGUUCAGAUAUAGUUCAAGUUUUUAUACGGAUACUAGUGAAUCUUCGGAUGACAAAAGUAGCUUUCAGUAUUAUGACGACGUUAUCAAAAUCAGAGGGUCUUAG